AUGGAUCAUCGGGUUGUUCUUGGCGGCGAAAUGGUCGUGUUGAUCGCUGGCCUCACUGGUAUCGGUAUGCUCCAUGGUUGGACUGAGGGUGUCGGCUAUCAUAUGAGGGAAUACUACACACCACUAUGGUUGUGUGCAGUAUUGAUGUGUCUUUUGCUGGCUCUAGUCAUCUCGCUUUUCUUCGUGUUUGUCUGCCUUCAUUGCAAUAAUCCGGGUAUUAUUAAACAACAUAUUAUAUUAUUGGUAACGUCGUGGCCAAUAGCUGUGCUUCUGACUGCGUCUGCGGUAGUGUCGGGUGCACCACUGCUCGUUGGGUUUCUGCUCAUACUCUACUUCACAGCUCUUCUACCAUUUGCUCGACUCUAUAAUACAGUCAAAUGGACUGAAACUAUUGACCCUCCCGUUUGA